AUGAUGUCUGUUGUGGGCGCACAGCCUUUUAUCAAACCAAUGCAGCCAUCACCUUCCGUUUCGCCUGGUAUGCAAAGGAGGCACACGCUUCCCGCGAGCGAAGUCCGGCCGCUCAACACACAAGAUGCUAUAAGCGUCUUUGAAAUCGAGCGUGAAGCAUUUAUCUCGGUGUCAGGUGAGUGUCCCCUUCACCUGGAUGAGGUGCGUCAUUUCCUCACGCUGUGUCCGGAGCUGUCCAUGGGCUGGUUUGAGGAAGGCCGGCUGGUGGCUUUUAUCAUCGGCUCUCUGUGGGACCAGGACAGGCUCACUACAGAUGCGCUGACUCUCCACAAGCCCUGUGGCUCCACCGUCCACAUCCACGUGCUGGCUGUCCAUCGCACCUUUAGGCAGCAGGGUAAAGGCCCGAUUCUGAUGUGGCGUUACCUUCAGUAUCUCCGCUGCCUGCCCAAUGUGCGCCGAGCGAUGCUAAUGUGUGAAGACUUCCUCGUCCCCUUCUACCGCAAGUCGGGCUUCAAGGUCCUGGGUCAAUGUGAAAUCACCGUGGCCAACCUCACCUUCACAGAGAUGUGGUACCCUAUCAGCGGCCACGCGUACAUGCGGCGCAACAGUGAAGCAAUCCGUUUCCCUCUGCAUCCCUUAACUGUGCCACUGACAAAGACUGAUGAACAUGUUGAUGUAUGA